UGUAUAGCCAAAUUUUAUUAGUAUUGUAUUUUAAAAAUCACAUCAAAACAAGGCAAAGUUAUUAAUUUAUGAAAAACACUGAGAAACAUUAUUAAGAUGAUCGUAAAAAAUCAGGAAGCUCUGAAAAGCUGGCUCGUUGUCGUAUUGGAACCUUUAUGCGAUGCGGAUUCUUCUGCCCUUGCCCGCUAUGUGUUGGCGCUGCUUAAGAAAGAUAAACCAGAAAAAGAAUUAAAAAAAUUAAUGAUAGAACAACUUGAUGUUUUCCUUGGUGAGGAAACACAACCUUUUGUAGAGAGGCUAUUUACUGCCAUUAACACUGAGGAUUAUUUUACUGAUAUCUUACUACCCUCACCAAAAUUAAGCAGUGGAAAUUUUGUUGGGGAAGAAGUCGCUCCCAAUAAUAUUGAUACCAGAAAUGUAUCUAUUGAAGGAGCACACAUUACAGAACCUCCAUUGAAAAUUGAUAACCUGCCGAAUACUGUUUGUGCCGAGAAAGUUCAAACUCUACCAAUAGAUGACAAUAAAGAAAAAGAAUUACUCGGCAAUAGUACCAUAUCUGCUAAUUUAAAAUCUGAAACAACGAGCCAAAUUGUUCAUUACCCUGCUACAAUUAAAAGUGAAACGCCACCAUCUAUUCCUACCCACUAUUCUCAAGCUGGAUCUCACGUUCGCAGUGCAAGUCCUCCUCCGAGGACUAUUGCUGACAAAGAAAAUCAACCGCGAGAGAGCCGUCGUCGUCGUGCUUCUCUUCGAUCCCGUUCGCGAUCACGUUCUCGAUCACGAUCUAAUGAAAGGCAUUCACGCCGAAGUCGUUCUCGUGAUCGCCGAAUAAAUGAGCGUGAAAAAAUGCAACGUCAAUUUCGCAAUAAAUCUCCACCAACAAUAGACUUUCGGCAUGUAGGAUCUCAUGAGCGUAGGCGAGGUGCUGGCGGUAGUGGAACGGAACGUAGACGUAUUGGUAACAGUAGCAACAUGACAGGUUCAGACGAAAGAUCACCCCGUUUUGUAGGAAACGGUGGAGAGGGUGUUGGUCGUAAAAACCGACUGAACCGGUCAAAUUCACGCAGCCGUUCACCUUCUCUUGAACGUGUAGGCAGAGGUAAGGGAUCACCGAAUGUAUCAAGAAUCGUUCGCGGGUCGCCUGAUCGUCAUACUAAUCAUACACAUUUACAACAUGAAUCAGAAAAGCGGCAACGAUGCCGUGAUUUUGAUGAAAAAGGUUACUGCGUUCGAGGAGAAACAUGCCCUUGGGACCAUGGGAUUAAUCCCGUUGUGUUUGAAGAUAUAAAUAAUACCGGCUUAAUUGGAAUGUCCCUUCCGGAAUAUAACCCAGAUGCACCAGAUUUAUGGAUGAGAUCUUCUGGGUCAAUGGUUUCUUCUAACCCGCUAUUGACAGGUGGAUCGACAGUAAGUGGUACUGUUAAUGCCUCAGGUAUUAAUCCAUUCACUGGUGUAGCGAGGUCAGGAGGAAUAAUGCCGGUUUCUGGAGUUGUAGCAGCCGUUGGGUUUCCUCCACUUGGUGCUAUUGCAGAUAAACAAAACAACCCUGGUUCAAUUGCGGCAGACUACACUGGAAAUACCAACGCUGGCUCCGGUUUUAGAGUUGCUACCCCGAUGCUUUCUUUCCCUUUCAAUUCUUCAUCCGUUUCAGCUCCACUGCAACGAGAAUUAAUUCCAAUUCCUGUUGUUGAUGCAGGUAAUCCUGGAUCGGGUGGAGAUAUAACUCAAAUGGCACAGGGUAAGCGUCGUUUUGAUUUAGAAGACUCGGUGGCUAUUGCUGAAGGGCCCGUUAAACGUAAGUUGCCACUUAACAGUCGUCUUGGUCCGCGUUUACCAAGUAUACAAAGUAACUGUUCUCUGGAGUUACGAAAGAUUCCACGCGGCAUGAAUACAAUCGCACAUCUUAAUAAUCACUUUGCUAAAUUUGGCAAAAUUGUAAAUAUACAAAUUUCUUAUGAUGGUGAUCCCGAAGCAGCUAUUAUAACGUUUUCAACACAUGCCGAAGCAAAUGUUGCAUACCGUAGUACAGAAGCUGUGCUUAACAAUCGCUUUAUAAAAGUAUUUUGGCACAGCCAAGAUACAAAUACAUUAAUAAGUGAUAUGGCCCCUAUGACAAUGGGUAAUACACGAAAAAAUAGUCAAUAUCAUUUAAAUAACGUCCCAGCUGUUCCAACUCCGGCAGCUGAUUCAGCAAAAACACCGAAUGAAAAUGUUGCAAAUCCGAGUAUUACUCCGUCUGGAGGCAUACCUGCAUGUGAUACAUCGAACGCAACAAACGUUAGCACUCCUCUAGCUGCCGCCCAUGUACCGGCAACAUCUUUGCGAUUAAAAAACAAUGUAUCACGUAGUCACAACUCUGGUUCAACAAAUGCCAUAAUACGUAAGAAACAAGAAGAGCAAGCUAAAGCUGUUGUACAACUCGCCAAUGGACUACGGAAAAGGAAACAGGAACUAUUACAAAGUUAUGUAAAACAGAUGAAAUCUGCUUUGGAAAUAGUAGAACGUUGCGAACCAAAUGACCCCCAACGAACUAAAACCCUUGACACUAUAAAAGUCUUGCAAGAAACUAUUGAUAAAUUACGUAAGGAGAUUGCCGCAGAACAAGAACAAAUCCAAGCACAAAUUCAAAACCAACAUCCAAUUCCACCAAAAAAAACGAAGGAGCAACAAAAGAAAGAAUUGCUGGAUAUAGAAUUGGAACUAAUAGCUCAACAACAGGAGGGAAAUGAUACUACGGCCAUACAAAAGCGCAUUGAAGAACUGCAGCGCAGUCUUGGGGUCGUUCCUGGUAGUGCAGCCGUUGGUGUUGUAUCUUCUCACCCGUUACCAAUAGGGAGCAAAGUUCCUCACUUCCCCUCUGGAAGAAAAAAUCCCCGAUCCCGUCCAUCGUUUCCUGAGGGAUCUACUCGCGUUGACCGCAGACCAAAAACGAUAGUAGUUACUGGUUUUACUAGUGAGGAAGCGGAUUUCGUGUUAGGCCACUUUAAGCAUUUUGGAGAAAUAACUAAACAUGAUGUGGAUAAAGAAAUACCCCAACUAAUAUUAUCCUAUGCUACACGAAUAAAUGCGGAGCAGGCUGUAUUGCGCGGAAAAGUUUUCAAAGAUAAGCGACUGCAGAUAACCUGGGCACCGGUCAUGUCAACAUCAUCGGUAACUACGGGAGUUUUGAUAACUGAUAAGGUGUACAAACCUGAUGAAAAGUUAAGUAGUCAUGAUCCAAUAAAAUCAGCCGCAUCUCAAAUUAGUAAUGAUAAACAGAGUAAUGAUUCUGAAGUCGGGGGAGAAACAUUGCCGGAAUUGCGGCUUGAGGAUGAAGAGGAAGAUGAGGAAUCUGAAGAUAGAUCAUGGCGCCGCUGAUCGCAAAACAGUGCUAAGCCUUUAGUACGAUGUUGGUUUAGUGUUUAUUUUGGUUAAAAUAAUGGGCAUGUGUCAUAGCACAUAAUAGUAACUAGAAAAUUUAGUGCAUAAUUUGUUUGCAUGAAUUAUGGUAACUACUGAUAUUUAUUUUGUAACAUGCAUCCUGGUGUAGUGAAGAAAAAUUAUGUAAUACACUGAUGUCCCAUUAGUGUUAUAUCAUGCCUUCACUAAUCAUCAACAGUACUUUUGAAACUGGCAGAUUUUAAAUGUUUAUAAUUUCGCCGUGAUGCAUGUACAUAAAAUUGAGCAUUAAAUAAUAUGAACGAAGCAAAAAAAUGAGCAAUGGGCAUAUGUAUAAAAAAGUUUAUAUAUACAAAUGCUGCUUUUACAUUUAACUACCAUAUUACUAGAAAUCUUGUAAUACUUCUUAAAGUUAAAA